UAAACCUCCUAAGAGAGAGGAUGCUCCCUCCAGUCCAGGUUUGAACUGCUCCUUCCCUCAAAGUCUACAUCAGAUUUGAAGCAACGAGACUGAUUUCAUAUGCUGGCCCAGCUGCUUUGUGGCUUCUUAUCAUUUUUGAAGCUGGUAAAAUAAGAUGUUCUGAUAAUUCAAGCAGGUGCAGUGGGGGGAUUAUAAUCUGUUCCAGCAGCGAGCCCAGAUUACCCACUUCACAAAAAAAACAGACACAUUGAAAAACUUGACAUUUCGCUGCAGAAUACGCCCGAAUUCCACCAAUCAGAAAUCAGCACGUUGAUGCCUUUUAUUACAAAAACGUUUUUUUAUUAUUUAUUUUUUUUAAACAGUAAAAUUUCUUUUCCAGCAAGCAGGAAUUCAAAUGCAAUUCCACAGACGCUAAAUCAUCAUCAUCAUCAUCAUCAUCAUCAUCAUCAUCAUCCUAAUUAACAAUUUCCCACCAACUUCCAAGGAAUGAAUCAAAUCAAGUCUUAGUAAAUCACUGACACUUAGUUUAAAAACCAGAAGCCACCUUCUUUUAAAAAAAAAUAAAUAAAUAAAACACCAGCACAAGCCUUGCAGUGCCUGUUAAAACUGUACAGCUUGUGCGUCUGGCAGCUGCAGCGCCCCCUAGCAGACGAGGACUGGUUUGACGGCUGCAGUGUUUCCAUUGUAUAGGCUCUGCUCUUUUCAAUAUUAAUAGUAAUAAUAAUAAUAAUAAUAAUAAUAAUAAUAAUAAUAGACUUCAUUGAGGAGAGCUCUGAACCCCAGGACUGGGUGCAGCAGCAGGGUUAGUGUGAGUUUCUAACCCUGCUCAAACUCCUGGCUCCUGAUCAUUUCAAUAUUAAUAAUCAUAAUAAAAUUUAAAAAUAAUAUUAGACUUCACUGAGGGGAGCUCUGAACCCCAGGACUGGGUGCAGCAGCAGCAGCAGCAGCAGCAGGGCUAGUGUGAGUUUCUAACCUUGCUCAAACUCCUGGCUCCUGAUCAUUACAAUAUUAAUAAUAAUAUUAGACUUCACUGAGGGGAGCUCUGAACCCCAGGACUGGGUGCAGCAGCAGCAGCAGCAGCAGCAGGGCUAGUGUGAGUUUGUAACCCUGCUCAAACUCCUGGCUCCUGAUCAUUUCAAUAUUAAUAAUCCUAGACUUCAUUGAGGGGAGCUCUGAACCCCAGGACUGGGUGCAGCAGGGUUAGCAGAUGUUUCUAAGCCUGGCUAAAGCCUAUACAAGGGAGGGGGUAAUUUGGCUGUGAUUUGCCCCUGGGGGGGAAUACAGACCAGGGAGGUAAAUCUGUUUCAAAUGAUAUUGUGACACACUACUGAGUGAUGAUGAUGAUGAUGAUGAUUAUGAUGAUGAUUAUUAUUAUUAUGAUUAUGUUUUUUUACGGAUCUCAUUUAAGGAGAUAUGUUCUGAAUUGUUUAAUUGAGGUUUUAAACCUGCUUUCCUCUCUACAUGAUGUACUUGUGAUGUGAACCCGCGUGCGGUACGUUCUCGAGUGACGUGGUUAUUUCGCUCGUGUGGGAACAUGCAGGAAUCUACACAAACACAUUUAAAAUAAAGACCAUGUGUCCGGAUAUCAGGCAGCUCGAGGAUCGUUUCUGUCGGUUUUUAAAAACAUGUUUGCGAAACCGGUUCAAACACGUGUGCAGUUUGAGUGAAGCUACACUGACAAAGACACUCGAGUCGAUCAGCUGAUCGAAAAAGUAAACAAACAAAAACUAUACUAGACACACACAGGAAGAGGAUCUGCUUGGCACGCAUUAUAAACACUUACAAAAAAAGUGUCGUGUGUCCAGCACGGUCGAGAACAAGCAUUGAACCCCAAAUGCAAACAUACAAACAGGCCGCCGCUGGGAUUGUUCAAACAAGAACAUAAGAACAUAAGAAAAUUUACAAACGAGAGGAGGCCCCAUUCAGCCCAUCUUGCUCGUUUGGUUGUUAGUAGCUUAUUGAUCCCAGAAUCUCAUCAAGCAGCUUCUUGAAGGAUCCCAGGGUGUCAGCUUCAACAACAUUACUGGGGAGUUGGUUCCAGACCCUCACAAUUCUCUGUGUAAAAAAGUGCCUCCUAUUUUCUGUUCUGAAUGCCCCUUUAUCUAAUCUCCACUUGUGACCCCCUGGUCCUUGUUUCUUUUUUCAGGUCAAAGAAGUCCCCUGGGUCGACAUUGUCUAUACCUUUUAGGAUUUUGAAUGUUUGAAUCAGAUCACCGCGUAGUCUUCUUUGUUCAAGACUGAAUAGAUUCAAUUCUUUUAGCCUGUCUGCAUACGACAUGCCUUUUAAACCCGGGAUAAUUCUGGUCGCUCUUCUUUGCAUUCUUUCUAGAGCAGCAAUAUUCUUUUUGUAACGAGGUGACCAGAACUGAAAUAAAGGCACGACUCCUACAGAUCAAAUUGGGGCUCAAAAGACAGAGAAAGAGCGCCCCCUGCAGUCUGUAGCAGAUUUAAAGCAAGGAGACCGAGUCCAUGCGCACGCCGCUGCGGAAUGCAAACGUGUCAUGUGACCGCGGGUCAGGUGAUAAGAAGGGAUGUAGUGACGUAAUAAACAGGGACGUGCGGUUUUUAAAGACACGUGGUCUUUUUUUUUUCAAAGAGAACAACAUCAACAUCAAAAGCCAGAAGUAGAAAAAGAAAAAUACUUACAUGCACCAGGUGACGUUAAAAAAAAAAAAAAACUCGACGCUGCGUCCUUCGAAAGCCUCUUCCCAGCCAGAGACGCCAACUUCAACUCGACAACUUUCAUCCUUCAUUCUUCAAACCGGACUCUACAGCAGCUGCUAAACAGACUCCCGUGUGCUGCCAUGGACAGUGUGAAGAUGGAGUCUGUCCAGAUUAAAGAGGAGUUUCCUGAACUUGAACUUGUCCCCAUUAGAGUGGAGUUCUCUGGGCUGGCUUCCCUCCCCAUUAAACAGGAGCUCUGUGAGAUGCAAUGUGACAGCAGCCAGCCAGAGGUCUCCGAGAUUAAAGCUGAGCACAAUGAAUUGGAGAUCCCCCAGACAGAAGAACCCCUUCCUGUGAAACAAGAAGAGGUGCUGGAAACUGUCCUUAUUAAACGGGAGCCCCCUGAAGUAGAGUUUGAGCACAUGGAACCAAGGAAGGAAGAAUCCGAGGACUUCAAACCAAACAUCCCUGAGCUGGAGCCUGUACGCCUGCGGGAGUGUAGCGUGGUGCUGGAGAGAAUCUGCGUGAGAGAGCAAGGCGCUGGAGAGGAAGGCUCUCCCAACAGCACGCAAGGAGGUGGAAAGGAAGACGGGCGCUCCCAUUCAGAAUGCAUUCUAUCAGGUUCCAGUCCAGCAGCUAAAGCGAGGGCGGGCGCUGGAGAAUAUCCUGACUGUGGGAAAGGUUUGACCCAGUUAAGGACUUUUAAAACACACCAGAGAACUCACACAGGAGAGAAACCGUAUCGUUGCUCUGACUGUGGGAAGAGGUUCAGUCAGUCAGGCAGCCUUGAAACACACCAGCGAACUCACACAGGAGAGAAACCGUAUCGCUGCUCUGACUGUGGGAAGAGGUUCAGUAGAACGGACAGCCUUGUUUCACACCAGCGAACUCACACAGGAGAGAAACCGUAUCGCUGUUCUGACUGUGGGAAGAGGUUCAGUCACUCAGUAUCCCUGAAAGCACACCAGCGAACUCACACAGGAGCGAAACCGUAUCGCUGCUCUGACUGUGGGAAGAGGUUCAAUCAGUCAGGACACCUGAAAACACACCAGCGAACUCACACAGGAGAGAAACCGUAUCACUGCUCUGACUGUGGGAAGAGGUUCAAUCAGUCAGGACACCUGAAAACACACCAGCGAACUCACACAGGAGAGAAACCGUAUCACUGCUCUGACUGUGGGAAGAGUUUCAGUCUGUCAGGACACCUUGUUUCACACCAGCGAACUCACACAGGAGAGAAACCGUAUCGCUGCUCUGACUGUGGGAAGAGUUUCAGUCACUCAGGGCAGCUUGUUUUACACCAGCGAACUCACACAGGAGAGAAACCGUAUCGCUGCUCUGACUGUGGGAAGAGGUUCAGUAGAACGGACAGACUUGUUUCACACCAGCGAACUCACACAGGAGAGAAACCGUAUCGCUGCUCUGACUGUGGGAAGAGGUUCAGUAGAACGGACAGCCUUGUUUCACACCAGCGAACUCAUACAGGAGAGAAACCGUAUCACUGCUCUGACUGUGGGAAGAGGUUCAAUCAGUCAGGACACCUUGUUUCACACCAGCGAACUCACACAGGAGAGAAACCGUAUCGCUGCUCUGACUGUGGGAAGAGGUUCAGUAGAACGGACAGACUUGUUUCACACCAGCGAACUCACACAGGAGAGAAACCGUGUCGCUGCUCUGACUGUGGGAAGAGUUUCAGUAAUUUAGGAAGCCUGAAGGGACACCAGCGAAUUAUUCAUACAGGAGAGAAACCGUAUCGCUGCUCUGACUCUGGGAAGAGGUUCAGUAGAACGGACAGCCUUGUUUCACACCAGCAAACUCACAAGAAAUGGUAAACCUGUACGCUUCGUUCAGGGUUAAACCUCUUCCACACAUUGUAAUUGCUGUAAGAACCCAAUGUUACGAAGAACAAAGCCUUCAGUGUUUUUUCUGUGUUGACCAGUCCUGUAUAUAAUCACAGAAGGGUUUUGUCCACUCUCUCCCAAUGCAGGAGUUAGGAUGUGUUGCAAUGGGAAUGUACUGACUCAUGCUGGAGGCUCAUUGCACCAUUAUUAAAAUACAAGAUGCAGUGUUCAGUGUCAUAAGAGAA